AUGCAAGCCACAAACUAGGAUCCAAGGAUCAAAGUGAAGAAUUAGUAUACAAGCUCCAUUUUAAAGUUCAAACUUAACAAUAAGAUCUAGCACAAUGUUGCAGUAGCUGCUUUAACACAAAAUAAGAUUCCGUAAUUGGAAAGUUUGGCAGAUGACAUUCGUCAAACCAGAACUAAAUCUAUGAUGUUCUUUGAUAAUGACAACAAGCCAAAGCCAAGGACACAGCACGAGCACAAUAAAGGUUCAGCUAAUGUCCGUCAGUUCAAAACAGCAGUUAUAUCUCCAGGCGCCCAAGAUUAGGGAGCAAACAGCAACUAACAGUGUAUCGAUCCAUAUAUCGUUGGAGACAGUGUUAGCUCAAUGAGCUCUAUUCUAGACGAUGAUGCUGAGGAUUACUACAGCUAAUCUAUCGUUGUAUCAGCUAUGGUGAAGGAACCAGAAGAUUUGGUUGAUAAAGACCUCAUCAAUUUGCUUGCCUUUAUUAAGAGAUUAAAGGAGCCAUCUGAAGAUUUGAUUCAUAGCAAAUAGCUUGAGUUUGGAGAACUAUCAAGACACAAGACAUUGAUAUUCGAUCUUGAUGAAACUCUUAUUCACAGUUAGCAAAUUGUGCCAGGUUCAGAUUAAGAGAUAGUUAAAGAUUUCGAGAUCUCCAUUGGAAAUAAUGUUAAGUUUGGAGUAGCUGUAAGACCUUAUGUUCAGCAAUGUCUAGAACAUCUCUCCUCAUACUAUGAAAUGGCUAUUUUUACAGCAGCUGAGUAGCAGUAUGCUGACCUAAUUAUAGAUAGAAUAGAUCCAGAAAAGAAGUUCUUUUAGCACAGGCUAUACAGAUAACAUUGCUUUAAGGUCGACGAUGUUUAUGUUAAAGAUUUGAGAAUCAUUACUGAUAGGCCCCCUGAGGAUACUAUAAUUGUUGACAACUCUAUUUUGUCCUUUGCCUUUUAGCUAGACAACGGAGUCCCAAUGUGCGCCUUUUUAGCAACUAAUAAUUAAGACUAAGAGCUUCUGUAUUUGAUCACUUACUUAGAAGAAGUCUAUCAUUUGAAAGAUUGUAGAACAGCAAACAAGAAGACCUUUAAACUAACUGAGAUGAUGACUAAGGUUAUUUGA